CGAAGCCCCAUUCCGCUGUCGGUCGUCUUCCUUUACCUUUAAUACGACUUCCAGUUCCAAUAGAGCUGCAAGAGCCGAUUAGGAGCAACUCCGGAGAAAGCGCUGCGAGCUCGAAACACGCGCUCUCCGACAAAGCCCUUCUUUCUGCACUUCUUUAAUUCCGGAGGAGGUCAAGAGAGUUUCGCAGGUUUGCUGGAUCUAUAUCACUCUUGGAUUUUUCCGAUGUAGGAUCUUGAUUUGAGAAUCUCUUCGCUCGCAAAAAAUGGCGGGGAGGCUGCUAAUGGCGCGCCUGCUGUUGGCUAUUCUACUGGCGCUGUUACAAGGCGGCGCCUUUGUGGCGGCGGAAGGGGAUGAAACGUGCUCUGGGAUCGUGCCGAUGAAGAAACGGGGUGAGGUGGUGUCGAUUACAGACUUUGGAGGGGUUGGAGAUGGGCGCACUCUCAACACAGAGGCUUUCGUGAGCGCGGUCGCCUGGAUUGAGCAAAGGAAUGCACCAGGUGGAACCCUUCUUUACGUCCCUUCCGGUGUCUGGCUUACUGGGGCCUUCAACCUCACCAGCCACAUGACGCUCUUCCUUGCCCAGGGUGCCGUCAUCAGUGCCACACAGGAUACAUCAAGUUGGCCACUGAUUGAUCCUUUACCAUCAUAUGGAAGAGGAAGAGAACUACCAGGUGGGAGAUAUAUGAGUUUCAUUCACGGCAAUAAGCUUCAUGAUGUGAUAAUAACAGGUGAGAAUGGGACAAUUGAUGGCCAAGGUGAUUUGUGGUGGAAUAUGUGGAGACGGAGGAACUUGCGUUUUACUAGACCAAACCUUUUGGAGCUUAUGCAUUCUACAGAUAUCAUCAUCUCUAACGUGGUCUUCCUCAACUCACCCUUUUGGAACAUUCACCCUGUUUACUGCAGCAAUGUUGUUGUGAGAAAUGUAACUAUUUUAGCUCCUCAUGAUUCUCCCAACACUGAUGGAGUUGAUCCAGAUUCGAGUUUAAAUGUCUGUAUCGAAGAUUCCUACAUUUCAACAGGGGAUGAUUUGAUUGCCAUAAAGAGUGGUUGGGAUGAGUAUGGCAUGGCUUACGCUCAUCCGAGCUCUGGAAUUACUGUUCGUCGAAUAACAGGAUCUGGCCCAUUUGCCGGCUUUGCUAUAGGGAGUGAAACUUCUGGUGGAAUAGCAAAUGUUCUAGCUGAGAACCUAAACAUAUUCAAUACUGGAAUUGGGAUCCAUAUUAAGACUAAUUCUGGAAGGGGAGGCUUCAUACUGAACAUUACUGUCUCUGAUGUGAAUCUGUGGAAUGUUCGGAAGGGAUUGCGGAUUGCCGGAAAUGCAGGAGACCACCCCGAUGACCGCUACAACACUAAUGCUCUUCCAGUUGUUGAUAAAUUGACAAUAAAAAAUGUGUGGGGAGUGAGAGUCCUGCAGCCGGGUUCGAUUCAGGGUAUCAAGAAGUCCCCAUUCACACAAAUUUGUCUUUCGAACAUAAAACUCGACAUUGCUGCAGUGAAGGCAGUUCCGUGGAUUUGUUCCGAUGUGAGCGGUGGUGCUCUCGAGGUGCAGCCGGCAGCUUGCACUAACCUGACCAGCACAAAUGGCAUGAAUUUCUGUACGGGUGCUCUUUAAAAAAAAAAAAAACUCGUUUGUUUCUUCUUGCUCCCAAUCUUCUGGAUGAGGUAUUGCUGUCGAAAUUGAACACUGAUUUAAGCGGAAAGAUGAAGCUGACAAUUAUGGAGCAUAAUGAAAUGAUAUUCACUGUUUUCGAC